AUGGCACUUUUCUAUGAUAUUCUCGCCCUGCUGCAGAAAUACUGGAUCCCCUGCAUCUUGGUUGGAAUAUUCAUCAGGUUACUCCGCAAUCGCUACAAGCCCGGCGUACGCGGCAUUCCAGGCCCAUUUCUGGCGUCGAUUUCGGGUCUCUGGCUGUUCAUCCACUGUGUGCAAAGGAAGUCCCAGAAAGAUUAUGAGCUCCAUCGCCAAUACGACACCCCUCUCCUUCGUCUGGCACCGAACACCAUCUCUGUCGGAGACGCCGAGGCCGUCCGCAUCAUCUAUGGGUGGAAACCCGUGUUCAAGAAGAGCCAUCUGUACAUCUCGCAACACCAGACGAGCCAAGCGGGCGAAGUGAUUCACAACCUCUCCUCCGUCAUGGACGAGGAGAAGCACGCCCACAUCCGCCGUCCCGUGGCUCAUGCGUAUGCCAUGAGUACUGUGGUGGAGUAUGAGCCCCUCAUCGAUUCCACGUUUCGAGCGUUCGUGAAGCAGAUAAAUGAGCGGUUUGUGGACCCGGGAAGAGAAUGUGACCUUUCACGAUGGUUGCAGAUGUACGCCUUUGAUGUCAUCGGCGAAAUCACGUUCAGCAAACGUCUCGGUUUCAUCGACUCGGGUGAAGAUAUUGAUCGCAUGAUGUAUCACACCGGGCGAGCGAUGGAUUACAUCGGCAUGGUCGGCCAGAUCCCCACGGUCGACGAGUGGCUUCGAAUCAAAGGCCUCGGCAACAUCUUCCGUAAAAUCAGACCCGCAGGCAAUGUGGUCAUGUGGACCAUGAAGCAGAUCCACGCACACACUGUCCACGAUGGCGUCAAGAGCCCGGACUUCCUGACCCGCUUCAUCAAAGCACGCGAGAAGUACCCCGAUAUCAUGACCGACGGGCAACUGGCCGAGUACGCAAACACCAACGUCAGCGCUGGCUCGGACACCACAGCCAUUGUGCUGCGUGAGCUAGUGUAUCGGCUUCUUACGCAUGAGGGCAGUCAUCGCCAAUUCAUGGAGGAGUUGAAAGCUGUCUUGAAGGCCAGGCCGGUGGAUGAAACCUAUGAGAAGCCGAUCACCUGGACGGAAGGGAACAGUAUGGUGUACUUCCAGGCUCUGAUUAAAGAGUGUCUUCGGAUCCACCCUGCUCUCGGGCAGCUGAUUCCUCGUGUCGUGCCCGAAGGCGGUGUCGAACUGUGCGGAAAGUUCAUACCGGCAGGGACCGUGGUCGGGUGCAACGCCUGGACGGUGCAUCGGGAUAAGAAGUUCUACGGCGAGGAUGCGGAUGAGUUCAGGCCCGACCGCUGGCUGGAUCCGGACAAGGAGAGGGUGCGGUAUAUGGAGAACUUGAGCUUUGCUUUCGGUGGAGGGCCGCGAGUCUGCAUCGGGAAGAACAUUGCCAUGUUGGAGAUCACGAAGUUCAUCCCGGAGUUCUUUCGGAGGUUUGAGGUCCACCUCGUGGACCCGAACCGCUACAGACUGCGCCCGGGCUGGCUCGUCGUGCAAGAAGGAUUGGAUGUCGAUUUGCAGAGGCGGGAUCCUAAGUCGUUAAUUGACUGA